AUGUUCUGCGCCAUCUCUGGUGAGCCUCCCAAGGUGCCGGUCGUGUCCAGAAAGAGCGGCCUCAUAUACGAGCAGCGCCUCAUCCACAAAUACAUCAACGAGAAUGGAAAAGACCCGGUAACGGGUGAUACCCUCGAGUUGGACGAUCUGAUCGAGAUCAAGUCAAGUCCUAAGACAGCAGUGCCUCGUCCACCACAACACAGCUCGAUUCCGUCCCUGCUCACGUCCUUGCAGAACGAGUACGAUGCCAUCAUUCUCGAAACAUUCACGCUCAAGAAGCACUACGACAACUUGCGGCAGGAAUUGGCGCAUGCUCUCUACGCCAAUGAUGCCAGCGCGCGAGUAAUUGCGCGAUUGCUCAACGAGAGAGAUCAGGCGCGUGAAGCUUUAGCGAGCAUCCAGGGCACCAUCGGUGCAGGACCUUCUUCGUCACGUACCGCGCAAGACGUGGAAAUGUCCGACUCGGCGCCGGCCGAAAAUGGAUCCGCCGGUGCUGCUGAAACAGGUGGCCUGCCGAAGGAGAUCGUCGACGUCAUUGACUCGACCGCUCAAAGGCUAUCUUCGCAGCGAAAGGCCAAGUCCAAACGUAAAGCACCGGAAGGAUAUGCCUCGCAGAGUACCGUGGCAGACUUUGUAGAGGUGCAGAAGCUGCCUUCGAUGCAUCAUGCUAGGCCAGCUGGCGUCUCAUGUAUCGCAACUUCCGCGGAUGGCAAUGUGUUGGUCACCGGCGGCAACGACAAGAAUGUUCAAAUAUACGAUCGCAAAGAAGACCAAGUGUUGGCAACGCUCAAGGGCCACACCAAGCGAAUCACUCAGGUUGCUGUCAGCGGCGUCUCUGACGCGCGCAUCGGAUCCGAAGCUGCCAAUGACACGGCCGCGCUACCGACUUACAUUGUUUCUGCCAGCGAGGAUGGUACAGUCAAAGUGUGGCAGCCGACGGGCGCGACGGGUGCCAAGUCACAAGCGUAUGCGCUUUCAAGCACCGCCGAUGCACACAAGAGCGAAGUGAUUGGAGUCGACAUCCACCCUUCAGAAGCACUAUACGGAUCUGCUGGUCGCGACGGCACAAUCUCGCUACGCUCUCUUCCAGAUGGUACCGAACUGCUCCAUGUGGAUCCCGACCUGGGUGACACUUACGAAUCAUUUGCCUUCCACCCGGACGGCCAGCUUGCUGCCACUGGUACAUCCACAGGCGCGAUCCGCAUCUGGGAGGUCAAAACAGGCGCCAACGCCUCGACCAUCCAAACCGAGCUAUCUGGGCGAGUCUCUUCGCUUCAUUUCAGCGAGAAUGGCUACUACCUCGCUGCAGCCAGCGAUCAGGGCAAGCAAGUUGAAGUGUGGGACUUGCGAAAACUCACCGCUGUCGGAAAGCUGACGGUCGAGGAGGAAGGAAAGACGGGCGUGUCGGCGGUCAAGUUUGACCCGUCGCUUCAGUUCUUGGCUGUAGCAACGGAUGGGGUCAAUAUAUACGCAAACAAGUCCUGGAACCAUCUGGUCAAGUUGGAAGGCACGGAAAAGUUGACAGGGCUUGCUUGGGAUGCGAGAGACGGAAGUGUGGUCGUCUCGAGUCUGGACCGUACCGUUCGCGCGUUUGGUCUCGCCGCCUGA